GAGGCUAACGUAGCUUAGCUUAGCGGCGCCGGCGGAGUGGCUGUGUGCGUCUCCACGUAUUUGUUCAUUUAAAACGAAACAUAUUUAAUUUUAUUAGGUUUUAAUUCGACAGUGUUGGCUCGAAGGAGGACGGUGACGGAACCGGGAGGCGGUUAAACCACCCUGUCGCUUGUUUUUAGAAAGGCCGGCCGGUUUUCCCGUCGCGGUUUGUUCGCCGAGCGGACCGUUGUUGUUGUGUCUUUAGAGGGAUUCAUCAGAUUCAUCUGCGGCUGAAACGUCCGAUUAAAGUCACGUCUGAGUAGUAAAACAAGCCGGACACACAGCGCCGUGGAUUAAUCCUGCGAGCUGAGAUGAGUAACGUUGUCCUGGAAUCGGUGGAUCGAGUGGAGCUCUGUGAGAGUCUCUUAACAUGGAUCCAGACGUUCGGAGUGGAGGCGCCGUGUAAAACAGUGGAGGAUCUGACCAGCGGAGUGGUCAUGGCUCAAGUCCUGCAGAAAAUAGAUGCCGUGUACUUCAGUGACAGCUGGAUAAGCCGUAUUAAGUCAGAAGUUGGUGAUAAUUGGAGGCUGAAGAUCAGUAACCUAAAGAAAAUAUUGAAAGGUAUUCUGGAUUACAACCGUGAGAUCUUAGGGCAGCAGAUUAAUGACUUCACUCUUCCUGACGUUAAUUUGAUUGGAGAACAUUCAGAUGCGGCCGAGUUGGGUCGAAUGCUGCAGCUUAUACUGGGCUGCGCCGUCAACUGUGAACAGAAACAAGAAUACAUCCAGACCAUCAUGAUGAUGGAGGAAUCCGUGCAGCAUGUUGUCAUGACGGCCAUCCAAGAGCUCAUGAGCAAAGAGACCCCAGUGUCUGGAGGAAAUGACUCGUAUGUUGAUCUGGACAGACAGCUGAAGAAGACGCUGGAGGAGCUGAACGAUGCUCUGGCCUCUAAAGAGGAAAUUGCCCAGCGCUGCCACGAGCUGGACAUGCAGGUUGCGGCUCUACAGGAGGAGAAGGGCAGCCUGUUGGCUGAGAAUCAGAUCUUGAUGGAGCGGCUCAAUCAGUCCGACUCCAUCGAGGACCUGAACAGUCCUGCAGGGCGGCGACACCUUCAGCUACAGACACAGCUGGAGCAGCUUCAGGAGGAGACCUUCAGGUUGGAGGCGGCCAAAGAUGACUACCGGAUCCGCUGCGAAGAGCUGGAGAAGGAGCUUCUGGAGGUCAAGGGUCAGAACGAGGAAUUGACCUCUCUGGCCGAUGAGGCUCAGUCCCUAAAAGAUGAAAUGGACGUGCUGAGACACUCGUCUGAUAAAGUGUCGAAGCUGGAGGCUCAGGUGGAGUCGUAUAAGAAGAAGCUUGAGGAUCUGGGUGAUUUGCGGCGGCAGGUGAAACUGCUGGAGGAGAAGAACACCAGCUACAUGCAGAACACGGUCAGCCUGGAGGAGGAACUGCGCAAGGCCAACGCAGCCCGCGCUCAGCUGGAGACCUACAAGAGACAGGUGGUCGAGCUCCAGAACAGGCUCUCCGAGGAAUCCAAAAAGGCAGAUAAGAUGGAGUUUGAGUGCAAGCGUCUGAAAGAGAAAGUGGACUCGCUUCAGAAGGAGAAAGACCGUUUGAGGACUGAGAGGGACUCGCUAAAGGAGACAAUAGAGGAACUGCGCUGUGUUCAGGCACAAGAGGGUCAGCUCACCUCAGUAGGACUGGUUCCACUGGGCAGUAACGAAGGAUCUGAUUCGCUAGCUGCUGAAAUAGUCACUCCAGAAAUACGGGAGAGGCUGAUCCGUCUGCAGCAUGAGAAUAAAAUGCUGAAGCUGAAUCAGGAGGGCUCUGAUAAUGAGCAGAUCGCUCUGCUGAAGAGCCUCCUGGAGGAUGCAAACGCCAGGAAGAACGAGCUGGAGACAGAGAACAGGCUGGUGAACCAGAGGCUGUUGGCAGGUCAGAGUCAGGUGGAGGAGCUACAGAAGAGUCUUCAGGAGCAGGACUCUAAAGCUGAUGAUGCCACUCUCAACUCAAGCCCUCUUUUCUGUCUCUCACAAUCACCCCUUCCUCAGGCUAUUUCAGUUCUGCUGAAGCGCAAAUGCGAGGAACAUUUGGAGAAAUUGAGGGAUGCGUCCAAUGAACUGCAGAAAAAGAACAACAUCAUUGAAGACCUGGAGACCAAAUAUAGCUCAAGUGGUCAAAAGAUUGAAGAACUGGAGGAGGCUUUGAAGAAGAAGGAUGAAGACAUGAAGCAGAUGGAGGAGAGAUAUAAGAAAUAUCUGGAGAAAGCAAAGAGCGUCAUUCGGACCCUGGACCCCAAACAGAACCAAGGCUCCGCUCCUGAAGUUCAGGCCCUUAAGAACCAGCUACAGGAGAGAGAGAGGAUGCUGCACUCGCUGGAGAAAGAAUACGACAAGGCGAAAUCUCAGAGAGACCACGAGGAGAAACUGAUCGUGUCCGCCUGGUACAACAUGGGAAUGGCUCUACAGAAGAAGGCGGCGGAGGACCGUUUGGCGAGUACAGGUUCCGGUCAGUCUUUUCUGGCCCGACAGCGACAGGCCACCAGCACGCGCCGCUCUUACCCUGGCCACGUCCAGCCGGCCACAGCCAGGUAGAGCAGCCGCCCCCCCCUCGCCACGGCUACCCUCACCAUGGCAACACUGUAGCCAAUCAGGACGUGUUUCUUCCCUUUAGCCCUACCUCCCAGCUCUCUUCCUCCCUCUCCUCGCCUUCCUCUCCCGCCUGAACGCUUUAAAGUUGCCCACGUCGUCACAGGGUAUCCCGGCCCAUCCUGUUUACAGUCUUUUUCAAGACUUUGUUGUUUUCAUUUCCUGCUUCUGUGUUAAACUUUUCCUUUCCUCUCUGUUCCGCACAACCUGCGGGGUUUUAAGAAGAGAUGCUGAUGGAGUGAUUUAUACUUUACAUUAUACUUUACAUUAUACUUUACAUUAUACUUCAACACUAUUUUCAUGGAGAGAAGCAAAAACUUUCUCUCUUUUAGGCUGAUCUUUUGUGCUUUCUGAUGAGCCCUUCCUGAUGCAGUAUUCAUCACGAGCACUCGUUUCGAUGACGCAUGAUCGAGUCCGUUUCAGGAAGCUGUCUGAGGUGCUGCUGAGCUGAUCCUGAACUCUUCCUCUGUUAGACAAGCUUGGAGCCUCUUUGAAUUCUGCUUAUAUAGUAACAGUUUGGCCAGAAAUCAAUCGUUACACAUUUUUCCCUCUUUACCAGAAUCUAGCCAAAAUACAGCGUGAUUCAAACGGAUUCAUCCGAAUUCAAAAUGAUUUAAUUCACUUGUAAAUCUAUAUAGAACAAUGCACACACAUGCACACACAGUUUCUAAGCCGCUUAUCCUUCUGGGUCGCGGGAGAGCUGGAGCCUAUCCC